AUGAACUUCCGAGGCCGAGCUGGCUCCACUCGAGGCCUUUUGAAACACUUGCCAGGCACUCGGCCCGAAGUAUCCAGCAGUUCAAGAUUUUCAACCCAAAACUUCGAUCCUGAUCGAGAAAAGGAGAAACCUGCCGAUGGAUUUGGUCAAAGCAGCGGAUUUAGUGAAUUUGAUCGGGCCCCGCAGACAAGUGAGUUUUGGGUUGUUCUUCGAUUGAACCGUCAAGUUUUAUUUGUUGUUUGGCUUUCUUUCGCUAUGCAUCUUUUUUGGGGGUGUGUAUGGUGUCGAACAUCUUAUUUCCAGGAUCUAUUCCGAGUUCCAAGCCAGAGGAGGACAAAAAGAAUGUUACCUUCACCAAGGAACCGGCAACACAGUUUGGUGAUGUUGGAGAGUCAUUCAAUACAUCCCGAUUCGACACUACCGCACUCAUUGAAACACUUCCCAGUCCUGUGAGCACAUUUGGAGCUGGCGACGGAUUUACUAGUAAAUUUGCAUCGGGAAUAUUGGGAAAAGAGGUUGGUGGAUUUGAAGCCACGGGUGCUCGAAAACAAGAAGCCCAACCGAUCCGUUCGACUGUACCUGAUAGUGGUGCUUUUGGUCCCAAGAACGACGCAUUCGCGGAGGAAGAAAUGGCCUUGCCAGCAAAGUUUACUGAGAGUAAAAAGAACGGAAAUGGCGGUGGUUUUGAGGCCAAUCUUGGCGGAUUCGGAGGCCAAAAUCAAGGCCCAAGUGGCGGUGGUUUCGGUUGCGAUGGUGGUGGUUUUGGAGGCCAAAGUCAAGGCUCACAUGGCGAUGCCUUCGGAGGUAUGUCCAAGAUUCUUGCGUUGUUUUUCCAUGUUUUAGGUGGAACAAAGGGAUUUGCCGAAAGACUCGCGGAAAAGGAGAAGGUCGUUGGAUUUGGCUUGGCCGAGGAUGAUUCGACGUCUGGUAAAUUUGAAUGUGGUUAUACGCCCGGCUUUGGUGGUGAACGUGACCGAGGGAGUUAUAACGGACGAGGAGGAAGUCAGGGAUUUGGUAGAACAGAAGGAAGUCAAGGAAUCGGCGGAAGAGGAGGAGAAGGAAAAGAAUUUGAUAGGGAAAGUAAAGGGUUUGGAGGAGGAAGCAAAGGAUUCGGUGGAGAAACCGGAGGAUUUGGAGGAGAAAGCAAAGGGUUUGGAGGAGGAAGCAAAGGAUUCGGUGGAGGAAGCAAAGGAUUUGGUGGAGGAAGCAAAGGAUUCGGUGGAGAAACCGGAGGAUUUGGAGGAGAAAGCAAAGGAUUUGGAGGAGGAGGCAAAGGAUUUGGAGGAGAAAGCAAAGGCUUCGGUGGAGAAAGCAAAGGCUUCGGUGAAGGAAGCAAGGGAUUUGGAGGAGAAAGCAAAGGAUUUGGAGGAGGAGGCAAAGGAUUUGGUGGAGAAAGCAAAGGAUUUGGAGGAGGAAGCAAAGGAUUCGGCGGAGAAAGCAAAGGAUUUGGAGAAGAAAGCAAAGGCUUUGGAGGAGAAAGCAAAGGAUUUGGAGGAGGAGGCAAAGGAUUCGGUGGAGAAAGAAAAGGAUUUGGAGCAGAAAGCAAAGGCUUUGGGGGAGGAGGAAACGGUGGAGGUGGUGCUUUUGGGGAAGGAGGCGGUUUUGGGACCCAAAACAAAGGAUUCGGAGAGGAUAACGGUGGUAAGGACGCUGGCUUUGAAGGUCGUCCGCCGCGACAUGCUACGGGUGCCAACUCCGACUUUGGUGGACGUCGGGUCGGAAGAUCUGGUGGAUUUGGCGGUCCCCCUCCUGGAAAUGCCUUUGGAAACACCAAUCGUCAACAGCGAAUGCAAAGUGAUGGGGGAUCUUCUACUGGAUUCGGGGACCAAAAGAACGACGGUUUCGGUGGUAAGUUUUUUGGUUUGUUUUUUCGACAUUGUUUUAGGUUUUGGCUCCGAAAACAAGGGAAGAUUUGGAUCCGGACCGAAGAUGGAGGCCGGUCAAGGGCUGGGCUCUGGACUCCGUCCCGGCGAUAUGCCAGUUGGUGGAGACGACGAUAAGGAUAAAAAUCAUCCAUUUGUCCCCGAAGAACGGGGUAUCGAUGAAAUCUUUGGUGAAGAUAAACUAGUCCAGAAUAGUUAUCAGCACAUUUUUGAGGACGAUGAGCCAAUUCUUGUGGAGGGACUGCAAGAACCGCCUCUUAUUGUUGAGUAAGGUUUUUCAAUCGGUUAUGUCGGAACGUUUCAAUUUUUGAAGAGUUUGUUUUUUCCAGGAGAUGGUCCGACGUUAAAUUGAAUGCUCAGCUAAUGAAGAAUAUCGAGAACUGCGGAUAUGUGAAGCCCAGAAUGAUUCAAUCUUACGCAAUUCCACUCAUUUUGGAGGGUAUGUUGGUUUUUCGAUGUUUUUUUUGGAUGUUUAGGUUGACAGAGCGAAGAAAAUGAACUGGAAAUUUAGGACACGACCUCAAAGCCCAAGCCGAAACAGGUAGCGGCAAGUCGGCCGCCUUUCUCAUCCCAAUUGUCAACGAACUGGCCGAAAUGGGAGAGGCAAAACGUGCGGAUCGCGGUAAAAACCAGCCGCUUGCCCUCAUCAUCGAACCCACCAGAGAAUUGGCAGUCCAACUCUACGAACAGGCCCGCAAAUUGGCCCACGGAACUGGAGUGACCUGUUGCCGCGCUUACGGGCAAUUCCAAACGACGGCGAACGCGCAAGAGAUCUUCCGCGGUUGCGACAUUUGCGUCGGAACUCCUGGCAGAUUGAAACAUUUUAUGAUGGACGGCACUCUCUGUGGGUCCAAACUCAAAUUUUUGGUUCUCGAUGAAGCGGAUCGUUUGUUGAGCGAGGGAUUCCCGGAGGAGAUUGAUGCUAUUCUGCAGGUCAAAACGUUCAGAAAGGUGAGAAAAAUGUUUGGUUAAAUAAACUGUUAGACACCUCGAAAUUGAUUCUUGUUUUAGUCAUGCAAGUUUAUGUAAUUUUAGAGGGAGGACCGCCAAAAUCUUUUCUUUUCGGCCACCUUCAACGAUGAGGUCGAGGGCAUCGCUUCAAGCAUGCUUAAACCGGAGAAGGUCUUUGUCCACUGUAAGAGUUUGGUGGCUGCCAAUCAUCGUGUUCAACAGUACUUUUAUGAGUGCGCCGGCAAUGACAAAAAGGAUUACGCUGUCAAGAUUAUUAAGGAAAUACUGGCGGAGUACAAAGGUAAGAAGUUUAAUAUUUUUUGGAUUGAAUUUUUAGAUAAAAAUGGCCCAGGCUCUCCCAAACCGAGAAUCUUGCUCUUUGUCCAAUACAAACGCACUGCCGACAUCUUGGCGUUCUUCCUUUGCGCCAACGAAAUGAAUGCCCUCUCGUUGAACGGGGAUCGUCCCCAACAACUUCGGGAACAAGCUCUGCUCGAGUUCCGUCAAAGAAAAUGCACGCUCCUCGUCACGACUGAUGUCUGUGCUCGCGGAAUUGACAUCAAAGAAUUGGAUUAUGUAAGUGAAAGCAUUUGGGAUUUAUUGUUCAAGGUUUAGGUUGUGAAUGUCGACCUUCCAAAGGAUAUUAUCACAUACGUCCAUCGUAUUGGUCGCACUGGUCGUCUUCAAAAGGGAAAAGCCAUCAGCUUGUUUGACCCCAGCAACAGCAAUGACACCGAGUUGGCCCCGGAUUUGAUUAAGGUAAGAUUUGGGUUAUAGGAUCGCCAAAUUUAUUAUUUUGGACUACAUUUUUUUGUGUUUAGCUCCUCAAGGACAGUGGCCUCCCUCCUCCGGACUUCCUGGUCAGCGCUGGCGACAACUCCGUUUCCCAGUUUCAUGAAAACAGCAAUGCUACAGGUUUCGACGCGCCCGCUGAAACUUUUGGCGCAAAAGACGAUUAUAAUUUCUAA